GGACGUGGCAUACAGCCUCAGUUCUUCCGGUGCGCGUGAGGAAGGGAUUAAACGUCUGUCUCUCUGCUCUUUCCGUGAAAGAACGGUAGCCUUGUCGCGUUUACCGGCGUUUAGAACCGGAACGGCGCCCUGACGAAUCGUUCCUUAACCCAUCGAGCUGUUUAUGAGAGUUAGGGAUGAACUGAGAAUGAAUGUCAACCAGCAACCUCACAUGGCCUCUCCUUAUGGGCAGCCUCAGCCUGGGUAUCAGGGCUACCCUCAGCCUGGCUAUGGGGGUGGCCACGUGCCAUCGGGAUAUCCAGCUCAGUACGCACCUUAUAACGGGCCGGGUUCUGCCUACCAACAAGGUCCACCGCAAGGAUAUUCUCCUUAUGCAAGCUUUCCCACUAAGACUCUUGCAACAAACUUAGUCUCUGACCUGUCCUCCUCCUCUCCUCUUGACCUAGGUAUGAGAGGACCCCCCACUUCAGGGGCACCACCUGUCUCAGCUGCCCAGAACUAUUCUCAGUUUGGGCAAGGAGAAACUCAAAAUGGACCACCUCCGAUGGGUGCUCCACCACAGAGGCUUCCAGUGUCUCAACCUUACACUCCAGCUGUGGUGAAUCUCUCUGGUCCUCAGCCCCCGUACGACCAGCAGUUUGGAGCUCCACCUGUCAGCAUGCAGCAGAUGACCAAUCAGAUGGCCAGCAUGCAGGUUGGCUCCACUGUACCAUCCCCUGCAGGCCCAGGCUAUGCCCCUCCCUCUGUAUCCCAGGCUCCUAUCUCCUCUGCCUACACACCUGCAGCUCCUCCCACUUUCUCACUCACCUCCACUGCUCCCACACAGCCUCCACCUACUGAAGCUAUGGCUCAGGCUCCCCCUAGGUCCUACUACGGAGCUCCACCUCCUGCCCAGCAGCCUUUCCCAAAUGCUGCCCCGCCUUUCUCCUCCACUGGCCCCACUCAGCCCCAAGCCCCACCACCUGUUUCUCAACAAUCCUUCUCUCAAGUUCCGCCUGUCUCUCAGCCUCCCUUUUCCACAUCCCUGCCUCCAGGUCCCACCCAGUCAUAUGGAGGCCCACUUCCUCCAACACAGCCCUCUUUCCCAAGACCUCCACUUGCCACCUCCCAACUCUCCAAUUUCCCUGGAGGGCCACCACCCACCUCAACUCCAUCUCAGCUCCCAGGAGGCAUGCAACCCCAACCACCAGUUUCCCAACCCUCACCUUACCACUCAGGUCCACCUCCAAACACUACUGGGUUUCCACCACAAGUUGGUGCUCCACCGAGGCCUCCCCUUGCUGGAAUGCAAGGUCCUCCAAUGGCAUCACAAGGGCCUCUAAUGGCACAGGCUAAUCAUGUACCCCCUUCACAACCUGGCAUGCCACCUAGUCCUAUCAAUGCUGCCCUGUCAGGGCCACCACCACAGCCAGGAAUGCAGGGAUAUCCCCCUCAACAAAAUGGUGCUUUCGGGCAGGUCAGAGGUCCCCAGCCUGGCUAUGCAGGACCGUAUUCUGGGCAGCCAAAUUAUGGAGCGCCACCCGCUGGACCUGCCCCAGCACCAGCCGCCCCGAAGAGGCUUGAUCCUGAUUCUAUUCCAAGCCCGCAAGCCUGUGACAUGCCGCCUGUGCAGAAAACAAGACAUAGAAUAGACCCAGACGCAAUCCCCAGUCCAAUUCAGGUUAUCGAGGAUGAUAAAGCAAACAAGGGAAGUGAACCUUUUACUACAGGGGUCAGAGGUCAAGCCCCACCUCUUGUUACCACCAAAUUCCAAGCUAGAGAUCAAGGGAAUGCGAGUCCACGCUACAUCCGUUGUACAGCCUACAACGUGCCCUGCAAUGCCGACAUGGCGAAACAGUCCCAGGUGCCCCUGGCUGCUGUCAUUAAACCCCUGGCCACUCUGCCUCCAGAUGAGUCACUACCAUAUCUCGUGGAUCAUGGAGAAACUGGUCCCAUCCGCUGUAAUCGCUGUAAGGCCUAUAUGUGCCCAUACAUGCAGUUUAUUGAAGGUGGCCGUCGUUUCCAGUGUGGCUUCUGCAGCUGUGUCACCGAGGUGCCUCCCCAUUACUUCCAGCAUCUGGAUCACACAGGGAAGAGGGUGGACUGCUACGACCGACCGGAGCUCUCAAUGGGCAGUUAUGAGUUUAUGGCUACUGUAGACUACUGUAAGAACAACAAGAUUCCUCAACCGCCAGCCUUCAUCUUCCUGAUUGACGUGUCCUAUAAUGCUGUGAAGAAUGGCAUGGUGGGAAUCGUAUGCCAGGAGCUGAAGACACUGUUGGAUUACUUGCCCAGACAGAAUCCUGAUGUGGAAUCAAACAUUCGAGUUGGCUUUGUCACCUACAAUAAAGUGCUUCAUUUCUAUAACGUGAAGGCCUCCCUUGCCCAGCCACAGAUGAUGGUGGUGUCAGAUGUGGCUGACAUGUUUGUGCCCCUACUGGAUGGAUUUCUGGUCAAUGUCUCGGAGUCCAGGAUGGUUAUUGAGAGUUUGUUGGAUCAGAUUCCUGAGAUGUUUGCUGACACACGGGAAACUGAGACUGUGUUUGGGCCUGUUAUUCAGGCCGGACUGGAAGCACUCAAGGCUGCAGACUGUGCUGGUAAGCUCUUUGUUUUCCACUCGUCUCUUCCCAUUGCUGAGGCUCCAGGCAAACUGAAGAACAGGGAGGAUAAGAAACUAGUGGGCACUGAUAAAGAGAAGUCAUUAUUCCAGCCACAAGUUAGUUUUUACAACACCUUAGCCAAGGAGUGUGUGGCGCAGGGUUGCUGUGUGGACCUUUUCAUCUUUCCCAACCAGUAUGUUGAUGUAGCAACGUUAGGGGUGGUCCCCACUUCAACAGGCGGAUCCAUCUACAAAUACACCUACUUCCAGGCUUCGUCUGACCAGGAGCGUUUCCUCAAUGACCUGCGGAGAGAUGUGCAGAAGCAGGUGGGCUUUGAUGCAGUGAUGAGGGUCCGCACCAGCACAGGUAUCCGGGCAACCGACUUCUUUGGUUCCUUCUACAUGAGCAACACCACAGAUGUAGAGCUGGCAGGACUAGACUGUGACAAGACAGUUACCGUGGAGUUCAGACAUGACGACAAGCUCAGCGAGGAAACUGGAGCUUUAAUGCAGUGUGCUGUUCUGUACACCAGCUGCAACGGUCAGCGACGGCUUCGGAUCCAUAACAUGGCCGUGAACUGCUGCUCUCAGCUGGCAGACCUGUACAGGAACUGUGAGACUGACACCAUCAUCAACUUUUUCGUCAAAUAUGCAUAUCGGAGUGUACUCAGCAGUCCUACCAAGAAUGUACGUGAUAGCCUGGUGAAUCAGUGUGCACAGAUCUUAGCCUGUUACCGCAAGAAUUGUGCCAGUCCAUCUUCAGCAGGACAGGGCUCUGGCGGCACAGCAGACGGGAAGCGCCACACCGCAGACAUCUCACAGUUGAUUUUACCAGAAUGUAUGAAGCUGCUGCCCGUGUAUCUGAACUGUGUGUUGAAGAGUGACGUUCUGCAGCCCGGGGCGGACGUCUCCCUGGAUGACCGGGCCUACCUGAGACAGCUGGUCAGCGCUAUGGAUGUGGCCGAAAGCCAUGUGUUCUUCUACCCUCGGCUGCUUCCACUGCAACAGCUGGAUGUUGAGAGCAUGUCUCUGCCUGUGGCAGUGAGAGACUCGGAGGAGAGACUGUCUAGGGGAGGAGUGUACCUCUUAGAGAACGGAUUGAAUAUUUUCCUUUGGGUGGGGGUCAAUGCCCAGCAGGAGCUGCUUCAGAACAUCUUUGGCACAACUGCCUUCAGCCAGAUAGACCCCGGCAUGACCUCUCUGCCGGCUUUGGAUAAUCCUUUUUCAAAGAGACUGAGGGAGAUUAUCGAGUCUGUCAGGGCACAGCGCUCACGAUACAUGAAGCUCAUGGUGGUGAAACAGGAAGACAAGCUGGAGCUGAUUUUCAAGCACUUCCUGGUGGAGGAUAAGAGCAACAACGGUGGGGCCUCUUAUGUGGACUUCCUGUGUCACAUGCACAAGGAGAUUCGUCAGCUCCUGAGCUAGGAGCAUCGGGUCCACCCUCCUCCUCCUCCUCCUCCCUUGGCUCUGUACUCAGAAGCGCUUUAACUUUUUAUUUAACAUAAUAAACAAAAUCCCUUUGCCCAUCAUCUUCUCUUCCUCAAGUAUAAUCUCAUCCACCCAGACUCUUGAGGAAGAUGCCACCUUUUAAAGGAAAUGUUGCUUCGUCAGAUUACGGUGUUCUUUUGGUUUUAGUGGUGGGAGUUUUGACCCGACCUUCUCCUCCUCUCUUUUGAUGGCAGGCUCGUGAGACUGUGAUAGGGAAGCAGAUAUGCUGUUGUUACCGCUCUACAGCUGAUCUGGGAUCAGGUUACGUAGCCUCAAUUAGAGCUUAACCCACUUUGUGAAACGAACAUCUUCAGAACAGCUACCUGGUUUUAGAGUGUGCUUGACUAUGAACUUCGAUGCUGAUUGUACUGGGUGUUUUGACUGUGAGAAACACUAGCACUGAUUGAUGGCCUCUAGGUACAGAGGGACAGAAAAAUAACCGAAUUAGAAAUUAAUCUAGACCUACUCGGAAUACAGUGAAAUGAAAUCCUUCAUCUGAUUCCAAUAUGAAUCAAAGAUGUUUUAGGACAAGUUAGAUUCAUGUCUACCCAACUAUUUGUAUUUUUUUUUCUGCUUAAGUUCUGUUUCCCUUUGAUUUAUCGCUCUCAGCCUUGGCCUUACUGAUCGUGUCUCUCCUUUUUCAUCCGUUAUUUUGUUUAUCUUGUCUAAUUUCUGUAAUUUUCACCUUUUUAAUGUGUGUGAAAAACCUAAUAGACUCUGUGGGAGUGUGAAGUGUGCUGUCAAUCGUUCAAAAUGUCUUUUACUCAGAAAAUAUUUGAAAUAAAAGUCUAUGCAUUAACUUAUCUUUGAAAGAGAGAGGGAAAGCUGUUCAAGAGCCCGACGAAUAUUAUCUGCAUAUUAUCUGUCUUGCCAUCACCCUCAUCCACCGCAAGAUGCAGAUACGCCUAAAACGUAUACGUUAGUGUCGUUUCUGCGUCCUGAUGAGGAAUAUGGAUCCCUACGGAUGCCCGGACAGGGAGUUGAAUUUCAGAUGAGCCUCUCUGGAGGAUGGGAGUUGUCAAUUCCCUUCAGAUGGUUCAGUAAUUGGGCAUACAUUACAGAAGCAUUCUGGCAUUCAUUGAGUUCCCUUUUAAAUUCUCUUUUUUUCUUUACUGUAUGGUCUGUUAGUAACCUGUAUAUUACAUGUGCUUGAUCAUCAUGUAUCAGUUAUGAUUUAAUAUUAUGUUCUAAAUCUGUGUGAAGGCUUAUGGUUUUGUGCAGGUGGAGUCUCUCUGCUCUAGGAUAUUAAUCUUUGUGCAAUGGAAGCCUGUGCUGAGAGUGGAGUGUGGGACUCAUUAGAAACUGACCAUUUCUAACCGCUUUUCCAAGGGAGCGACGUCAAGCACAUGUGGAAUUGUGACCUUAAAAGCAAUCAACACUGAAUACCUUGUCAUCACAUUUAUUACAUGUACAGAAUUAAAAAUCACAUUUUAAAAAUGA